AUGUGUUGUGAGACGAAGGUAGAGUCACGUACGGUCGAAGGUGGACGUUGUGUUACGCGCACCUGUCCUGGUCUUUACUGUCGGGGCGUGGAUGCCUGUUUGAAGUUCGGUGCACAAGCUAUGGUGCUUGGCGGCGAUAUAGACAGACGAAAAUAUGUGAGCAUCCUUCUCAGGAAGGAAGUCCAGAAGAGAACCACAAUCGAUAUGACCAUCUGUGUUUAUUCAACCAUGAGAGCG